AUGGUCCUGCUCGGCACGCUACGCACCCAGUUCGACCUGCCCCCGGCCCAGCGUCAGGCCGUCGUGGCCUCGUUUGACGUUAGAGGCCACCUGAGCUUCCGCGUAAAGACGCAAAACGUCUACGGCGUCCAUAUCCGUGAUGCCAUGUCGUCCACCAUGCCGCUGGACCACCUGCGCGACAACAAGGUCGAUUUUAUUGUGCAUGCGUUUACCUAUGCCUUCCGGCUGGGGAUGGCCAAGUCCGACGACAAUCUGUUCGCUUUGAGGCACGCGGUCGCCCGAGCAAGCAAGGAUCAGGCCGCUGACGACAUGCGCGGUACCUGGCUGGUUACGCGCUUCGACGGGGUAGUAUGA